AUGAGUGGCAUCAAGUUGGACUUAUCUUCUUUGGGAGAUAAAGUUUCCAGUAAACUCAUGGGGUUUAAGCCAACGAAGGAGAAGGAGGUGAAGAACAAAAAGAGUGGUGGCAAUACCAAGGGAAGAAGCCAAGAUCAAGGGUCGAUGUCAGGUAAUCCAUCUACUCAGAAUGAUACUAGUGACAUUCUCAACACAGGCGAUAUUCAGAAAGAUUUAAGUUCCGUUAUGAAAAAUAUUGGCCUUACUGGCAAGCCAUUGAGUACACCUACUAAGCAGAAAAAGAAGGCAUCAAAGAAACAGGAGUCAAAGAAUAAUAAAGAGGUCGCCAAAGAGAAGAGUGUGGAGCCAAUCAAAAACACAAAGGUUCCAAAGGAACAAGAAAGAUCAAAGGUAACUGUAAAGGAAUUGAGCAUGAAGAAAUCGAACAUGGUGACAGAUUUUUCGAAUGUUAUUACUGAUAAAUUGAGUAUACCGGCGCAGAAAGAUUGGUACAAUGUCCCUAUGGAUACCGCAGUCACCGCUGACAAAUUGUCGGCUGAAUCGUUAGCUGCUUUGAUGAAACGUGGCCAGGAAUUUUUGGAUAGAGAGAAUGAAAUUUACAUGCGUGAGUUCUCCAAAGCCUCGUCUCAGAAAAAGUUCUUGAAUGACAUUUUGACCAGUGGUACACUUAGUGAUAAGAUUUCAGCUUUAACCUUGCUGAUCCAGGAAGCUCCUUUACAUAACGUGAAGUCGGUAGAUGCUUUGCUGCUCAUGUGUGAGAAGAAAUCAAGAACAGCUGCCCUUCAAAGUAUUGAAGCUGUGACCGAUAUGCUUGUCAACGGUAUUCUUCCAGAUAGGAAGUUGCAUUAUUUUCACAGACAGCCACUGAACAUGCAACUGUCCGAUGAGCAACUUGCCAUUUAUGUCUUUGAGGAUCAUUUGAAAAAGCAAUACUUCCAAUUUAUUGGCGUCCUGGAGCAUCUAUUAAGUGAUCCUAUUUCGCAUAUCCGAGUUACUGUUCUGAGACACAUUUUCAAUCUACUAGCAUCCAAACCAGAACAAGAAGCUAACCUUUUGAGAUUGGGAGUUAACAAACUCGGUGAUUCAGAUAACAAAAUUAACUCCAAGACCAGUUAUUUACUUCUAAAGUUAGAAGAACAGCAUCCAGCGAUGGUAAAAGUCAUUCUGGAUGCAAUUAUCGACGUUUGCUUCAAGAGUAAGGAAUAUCAUACCCAGUACUACUCAGUUCUUACUUUGAACCAGACUGUUCUCUCGGUAAGGGAAGUAGAAAUAGCCAACCAACUGGUCAAGACCUAUUUUAGUCUCUUCGAGAAGACCUUGUUAAGUAACGAUAAAACAAACAAUUUGCAACUCAAAGCAAAAGAAGUCACUCCAGGUAAACAAAAGAAGAGCAUCAAGAGAGGUAAGAAAGGUGGGAUUUCUGUGAAGAAAGUUGAAUUGACGCAGGAUGAACUGAUGGAUGAAAGAAAUUCCAAGUUAUUUUCUGCUAUUUUGACAGGUUUGAAUCGUGCUCUUCCUUAUUCAAAACUACCCGACGACAUAUUCACCAAGCAUCUGGAUACUCUAUUCAGAAUAACCCACUCAACGAACUUCAACACAUCUGUUCAGGCAUUGAUCUUGAUCCAUCGCAUUACUGUGGAACAAAAUGUCUCUAAAGAAAGUGCUGAUCGUUAUUACAGAACCCUUUACGAAUCACUAUUAGAUCCUAGAUUAAUCACAUCUUCGAAACAAGGUAUCUAUCUUAAUUUGCUAUUCAAAUCAUUGAAGCAUGAUAGCAACAUCGAGAGAGUGAUGGCAUUUGUCAAACGUAUUAUACAAAUUUGUCACAACUGGAUCAGCAUUGGGACUGUAAGUGGAAUGUUAUACUUACUGAUUCAAUUAGAGCAUAGUAUACCCACUUUGAGAAAUUUAGUCUUCAAUAGUCCCAUUGACUAUCCUGUAAAAGUCCAGGAGGACGAUCAGAAGGAUAGUAAGAAAGAACCCACCACAGAUUCUGAGAAACUCCCCACAUCGUACGAUCCAAGACAGAGAGAUCCGAGGUUUGCUGGAGCUGAAAAGUCAUCACUAUGGGAAUUAAACACCUUUGUGGACCAUUUCCACCCUACGGUGCGUUUGUAUGCACGAUCACUUCUGGAUGGAAGUGAUGAGAAGGUCACUAAGCCUGAUCUAGGACUUUAUACUUUAUCUCAUUUCUUGGACAAGUUCGUGUACAAGACUGCCAAAAAGAAUAGUGCAACCCCAAGCGGCUCCAUUAUGCAAUCACUGAACACUCCAAGUACCGGCCAUGUCCUGGUUCAUUCUGCGAAUGUUUCCAGUUCCAUUGAUCCUAGUAACACUGAGGAGUGGUUGAGCAGAAAAGUCAGCGAGAUCAAUCCCGAAGACAUCUUUUUCCACCAAUACUUCACGAUCAAAAAGAAAAGAACAGGAUCCCUAGUCAAUAAGAAGAAAAAGAAGAAGCAUACCGAUGACAGCGAUGAAGAGGCUGCUAGUGACAGUGACAGCGAUAUAGACAGUGCCGUAGAAGGAGAAAUUUCCGAAGGCGAUGCCAGUGACUUUGAUGAGGAUGAGGUGUGGUCUGCAUUGGUUCAAAGUAAUCCGGAAGUUGAAGCUCUGAACAACGACUUAGACAACAUGAGCGACUUUGACCCUGCGGACUUUGAUUACUCAGAUAGUGACGAGGAAGAAAAGAAAAAGGACGAUAAUGUUCCAGUUCAGAUACCAUCCCAUUUGGCUGCUAUAGCUGCCCAAGAACCCUACCCUGAGGACAGUGACAACGAUAAUGACAAUAAAUUCUCAUCUGAUGAAGAGGCCAAGAUCUUUGGACCAGACUCUGAAGACGAAUUGAGCAGUGAAGAUGAAAAACCUAAGAAGAAGAGAGCCAGAACCGACACGUCGGAUGAUGUUUCUAAAAAGUCCAAGAGCCUUAAGGGUUUACCGAUGUUCGCCUCGAUAGAAGACUACGCUGAUCUCUUGGAGGAUGAUGGCGAGGACGAAGAGUGA